AUGCUGCCCGUCCUGCUUAUCCUGAGCGGCCUGAAUGUGCUGAGCGGGCUCUCGACAGGCACUGAUUCUCAAAGACUACCUUUGCAAGUUAUAAUUCCAGAGAAAGUACAGUCCGUAUUAAAUGAAGAGAUUGAAAUCAAGGUAUCCUACAAAAUUAUAAUUCAAGGGCAGACAUUUAUUCUGAACCUAAAGCAAAGAACUUUUUUACCUAGUAAUUUUAUAGUUUAUGGUUAUAAUAACGCAGAAGUUAUGAAGCCUAUUGAAGAAAAGUUUCGGAAUUUCUGCUACUACCAAGGGUAUAUUGAAGGGUAUCCACACUCUAUGGUGAUUAUAUCCACAUGUCAUGGAAUCAGGGGCUUAAUACAGUUUGAAAAUGUUAGCUACGUAAUUGAACCCCUGGGGUCUUCGCUGGGUUCUGAACAUUUGGUCUAUGAAGUAACCCCUAAGAACCCGAAUGUUGCACUGUAUACUGAUAAGGCUCUUGAGCCAAGAGAGACGUCCUAUAAGAUAAAAAGCGUGGAGCCACAUCAAUCCUCUCAGUAUAUAGAAAUGCAUCUUGUAGUUGAGCAAAAAUUGUACAAUCACAUGGGUUCUGAUAUUUCUGUUGUCACUCAAAAAAUUUUCCAGUUGCUUGGAUUGACAAAUGCUAUUUUUACUUCAUUUAAUGUGACAGUUAUUCUAUCUUCAUUGGAGCUUUGGGUAGAUAAGAAUAAAAUUCCAAUCACUGGAGAUGCUAACGAGUUACUCCACAGAUUUUUAGACUGGAAAAGAUCUUUCCUGGUUUUGCGUCCUCAUGAUGUGGCGUUUUUACUUAUUUACAGAGAAAAAUCAAAUUAUGUUGGUGCAACCUUUCAAGGCAAGAUGUGUGAUGCCCUCUACGGAGGAGGAGUUGUGAUGCACCCCAAAACCAUAAGCGUGGAAUCACUUGCCGUUAUUUUAACUCAAUUACUGGCCCUCAGCAUGGGGAUCCCUUACGAUGACACUAGCAAGUGCCAGUGCUCGGGAGCCAUCUGCAUAAUGAACCCACAAGCAAUUCAUUUCAGUGGUGUGAAGAUGUUUAGUAACUGCAGCAUGGAAGACUUUGCACAUUUUAUUUCAAAGCAGAAGUCCCAGUGUCUCCAAAACCAUCCUCGCUUAGAUCCAUCUUACAAGCAGAACGCAGUUUGCGGGAACAAGGUGGUGGACGCAGGAGAGGACUGUGAUUGUGGAAGUCAAGAGAAUUGUCCUGAUAAUGAAGCAAACUGCUGCAAUGUUGCAACAUGUAAGUUCACAGAUGGCUCGACUUGUUACAAAGGAGUCUGCUGCCAAGACUGCCAGUUUAAGGGAAAAACAGAAAUAUGUAGGACGGCACUAGAUGACUGUGACUUCCCUGAAUAUUGCAACGGAUCAUCGUCAGAAUGUCAGGAAAACUUCGUUGCUCAGGAUGGGACGCCAUGUGGGAUGGACCUGUGGCUCUGUAUUGGCGGCGAGUGUAAGAGCGGGGAUAAGCAGUGCAUAUCCACGAUUACUGGCGCUACACAGUUCGGUAGUGACCAGUGUUUCAUUGAACUUAAUACCAAGGGUGAUAUAUCUGGGAACUGUGGCCCAGAAGGUGAUGGAUACAAGAAGUGUGAACUUAAAGAUGUGAAGUGUGGAAAAUUAAUAUGUGUAUACAACACAGAUACUGUAAUUAAGAAGGCAGGCGCGACUGUCGCUUAUGCAAACGCAGAGAAACUAAUCUGUGUUUCCCUGGACUAUCCCUACGGUCAUGAAAAAAGCAAUGAAAUGUGGGUAAAAGACGGGACUAAGUGUGGCAACAAUCAGGUUUGCAGGAAUAAGGUAUGUGAGGAUGCCUCAUACUUGGGUUACGACUGCCCUCCUGAAAAAUGCAACAGUCGAGGUUCAUGUAACAACAAAAAGAACUGUCACUGCCACCGUACAUAUUUGCCUCCAAACUGUGAAAAUGAAGACCUUCACUGGCCUGGUGGGAGUAUUGAUAGUGGCAAUUUUCCACCUUCACGUCGUGCUGAGGCACGCUACAUCGAAGAGCUCCCUUUCUUUUCCAAACCUACACGGUGGCCCUUCUUCUUGCUCAUCCCUUUUUUCAUUAUUCUCUGUGUGCUGCUUGCUAUCCUGGUAAAAGUUGGUUUCCAGAGAAGAAAGUGGAAAACUGAGGACUACACAAGCGAUGAGAAAUCUGAAAGUGAAAAUGAGACAAAAGAGUCAUCUGGACGAGAGACAUUCCAGAAUUCACAAAUAACUAUCAGUGAUGAACAGAAAGAAAAGGGUCAUCAGAAAGAAUAUGCCUGA